CCAUAUGACGUAAUAACCUCGCUGUAAACUAUUGUAUUUCCCCUCUUUAUAUUUUUAAAUAAAUGUUAAAAUUGUUUAUGCAACAUCCGAUUGCGAUAGUCGGCGGAAUGUAUUAUUAGUUUGAUUUGACCGUGUGUAUCUAACUGGCUGGUAAAUAUUUCAAUAAAAUCGUGAAAGUGAAAGCAAAUAGUUAUAUAAAAUAACAUGAAAAAAUUGAACAAAAAUGUUUGUUGUGAAGUUAGGAACGUAACUAAAGAUGACAUACCGAAAAUAACGUAUUUUUUACGAGAUAUUUUCUUCAAGGACGAACCGCUAAAUGCAUUUUUGGAAUUAGUUACCGAUGACAAUCCAACGUGUGAAACUUUAGAAGAGUUUACGGUGGGGCACAUCCCCGACGGGGUUAACUUAAUGGCAAUAAAAGAUAAUGAAAUUGUUGGUCUCUGUUUAUGUGUAAGUGUCAAUAAAGUUGAACAACAGAAAAUUUUUGAUUGUCAAAAUGAAAAAUAUAAUAAAUUAGUCAGAUUAUUAGAUUACGCCGAUAAACAAUGUGAUCCUUUUCAAAUAUAUCCAGAAUGUUCCAGAGGAAUAUCAGUACAAGUGAUAUCUGUUGCAAAAAGUUGUAGAGGAAUGGGAAUAGCAACAACAUUAAUCGAAAAAGCAAGUGUUUUGGCGAAGGAAAAAGGAUACCAGUUCAUAACCAUAGCCUGCACAAGUCUAUAUUCAUCGAAAUUAGCAGAAAAAUUGAAUUUCCGAGUGAAAUUUUCACUCGAUUACACUGAUUAUAAAGAAAACGGCCAAAUCGUUUUUAAACCGGAUCCUCCACACACGGCUUUAACCAUUUAUUUGAAGAAAUUAUGAAUACAACAAAUUUCCGAUGACAUGUAAUAAACGAACAGUGAACUGUGUAUUUAACAUACACCAUAGACCUGCGCACACUUUUCUACUUUUUUGUGGGAAAAUAUCUACUCCAAAAAUGUUAAAGUUUAUCGUGACUCGACCUGUAUAAAAAGGAAACAAAAACGAACAAUUAUGUAUUUUAAACCUUUAAUUUAGUGAUAUAUUUAUUUCUGGCCAUAAAAGCGACUCUCUGAGCUUUCUUGAUAACUUGAGGGCAUCUCGAACAUGUUUUCAUUUGACAAUCGUGGAAAAAGCCUUCGUUUCUGGGAAAACCAUGACUGUUAUCCGAAAAAGUUGUUAAACCUAAUCCCCAGAUUUUUCCACCGCGGAAUUCACCCUCGUGCUUCAUACCAUCCGCCCUCCAGAAUAUACCGUAACCGUGAAACCAACCGUCAAAAAAUUCUCCUUCAAAUCUGUAGAAAUAAAACGAAAUAUUUCCAACCUACCCGGUACAUUUUUUUAUAGUAUUCAAAUAGUUUAAAUUUAUAAUAUUGUUUUUAAAUUCCGCGGUUUAUCUAAAUAAUUUUGUCUACUAACUAAAGUUGUAUAAUUAUAUCUCCAAAAUGAUAGUAUAUUUUCAAUAUAUAUCAACUGUUAAAAGGAACGAACCUGCCAAGUGAAAUUUUUUUUCAAAAUCUGGCAACAGAGCAGAUAGUUACCAAUUUAUGAGAAUUGACGUUACACAAUUUGGAUCAUAGAACUAACGCACGUGAACUAAUGUCGACCAUGGGUAUUUUUCGAUUUCAUAAUCGAUUUUAAUUCAAGCAAUUCUUUUCUUUUAGCAUUUUAAUUAUCAAAAUAGAAAAGAAACAUUACUUUCUGGUUAUUUUCUUUAUAAAUACAUAACCGAUCUCGAUUUCUUUUCCGAUUUAAAUAAAAAAAAUUGUUUGAUUAAUUUACAACAAUCGUACAAUCGGUAAUUCUUUCGGAGCCAUUCAAAGCCAAAGGAAUGUUGAUUCGUUCGUAGUCGUGCAAAAUCGUUUUGACGUAUCGUUCAAAGUAACAGUUGAUGUAAUUUUAUGGUGUAAAUAACGCAAUUAAAAUUACAGAUUUCAUAAUUAUAUAGAUGAUUAAACUCAUAAAAUAUUGUUAAUUUUGGAAAAUAUAUUCAUAUUUAAAUACGAAAA